AUGACGGCCGAACCCUCUCUCGUGCUUACUGACACCUCUCAUGAGGGCAUCACAAUUGUCACGAUCAACCGGUCCCCUCGGAAGAAUGCGGUCGAUCCCCUGACUGCCUCGAAGCUGUACGAGGCCAUCCUCGUGUUUGAGGCAGACGCAACACAGAAGGUCUGCAUUCUCACCGGCACCGGUGAUACCUUUUGUGCAGGCGCCGACUUGCACAGCGUUGCGCAAAAACGCGAUAAUACUCCUGCCGACAAUCUCCAGCCUGUCUCCGGCCGCAACCUUGGGCCCAUGGGGCCUUCCAGGCUGAUCGUGCAAAAACCCAUCAUUGCGGCGGUUGCCGGGUACGCGGUGGCAGGUGGCCUGGAGCUGAGUCUCCUGGCCGACAUGCGCGUGGCCGAGGAGGACUCGAUUUUUGGCGUCUUCUGUCGGCGCUGGGGCGUGCCACUCAUCGACGGAGGCACUGUUCGCUUGCAAGCGAUUGUCGGCCUCGGCCGCGCCAUGGACAUGAUAUUGACUGGUCGACCGGUUGGCGCUCAGGAAGCACUAAGUAUGGGGCUGGUCAACCGUGUGGUCCCCAAGGGAGAGUCGUUGAAGGAGGCUCUUGCCAUUGCAAAGCAGCUCAUCGCCUUCCCAGAACUUUGCUUAAACACAGACCGACGCUCAUGCUACUACAGCGCAUUUAAUGCCACUUCCUUCCAGGACGCCAUGUCUCAGGAAUUCAAUGCUGGACGCAAAGUCAUCUCUGCCGAGGCCAUCGCAGGCGCUGCCAAAUUCAGCAAAGGGUCGGGCCGACAUGGCAGCUUCAAGGAGUUCAGCAAGCUUUGA